AUGACCGUUGCGGAAGACGUUUCGAUCUGCCAGGUUGUCAGAGCACUCAAGCAUUCCGCCGUUGCAUAUCUCGAGAAGAUCCUAGCCGCUCUGUCGAUCAAACCGAUUCCCGAGCUUGCUCAAGCCACCUUCGAUACCCUCAAAUACUACAAGGAUCACUUCCCCAAGGGCCGGAAGAUCGGAACCUUGGUCACCGACAAGCUACUCUGGGAGUCGGGGCUACUAGACUACAACCCUCUGGUUCGACCAAUUGAAGCUUCAAGGCCGAACUCCGAGCUCGCAAUGGUGUGCGGAUUCACUGGAAGUGUGAAGCGCAAGUCCAAGGGCCGUGCUCACGCCCUCAAGACCGUGGUGGGUACUGAACCGGUGAUGCCAACGGUGCCACGGACUGAGGCCCAUGGUAACUCUGGGCCAUCUUCUACAGCCCCCACCCCCGUGAUCGAGCUUGACUUAUCUGGGGAUCGAUCUGGAGAGAAGCGUCCAAGGGAGGAGUCCGAGGCGCUUGACGUAUCUCCCCUGAACGAGGUGAGGGGAGAAUUUCCUUUGAGGAGAAGAAGANAAUUUCGAUGGGCUUCACGACUGGGAUGGGUCGACGACAGACGGAUCUGUGACUCACUUACCGGCGACGGCUCACGAUGGCACACAGUGACAUUCACGGGCUGCAGCGGUGGCGAGUUCAAGGGCCGUUGCAGCAACGAGAUUCACGGUUGGGGCAGCGACGAGGUUCAAGGCUGUGGCGGCGAUGAUAUUCAUGGGCUGCUACAGCAGUGA